GGGCUCUAGAGUUGUUCGAGUCGUGAAAAAGGGAAUUCCAUCAAGUUCGGUCUAUACAUAUACAUCGUUUCUGCCUAUAUCUAGUCCGUGUGGAGCAUUUUCUAGCGGUAAAUCGUUCCGAUUAUGUCUACGACUGUUGUUAAACGUUACCAUAUACAAGAUAUUCUACUAUACCUCGUCUGUAAUAGGGGACAUCACGGACGGUCAGAUUCUGGUAUACGUGACUACCGUUAGAUGUCAGGAUGUCGUCGAUAAUGCUGCACGUGGUACGUUGCCGAGGUUUAAAUACGUUGGCUAUUCCGGUCAGAUUAGCUGCGGCGGUUAGUGUCGUUGGGUCGCAAUCUUGUUCUGUGUUCAAGAAAUUUGUGAGAAACAUGUCGUACACAACGGUCGAAAGGGGUACAUCGAAUACCACCGAUUAUAGGAUUUAUUUUAAGAAUGAUGUUGGUCCAAUUUCGCCUAUGCAUGACAUUCCUCUUUAUACGGAUGGAAUAAAUAAAAUAGUUAACAUGAUAGUCGAAAUACCAAGAUGGACAAAUGCAAAGAUGGAAAUUAAUCUCAAAGAGACUCUAAAUCCCAUUAAACAGGAUGUUAAAAAAGGCAAAUUAAGAUAUGUUGCUAAUUGUUUUCCACACCAUGGAUACAUAUGGAACUAUGGUGCACUACCACAGACAUGGGAAAAUCCUGAGGUGCUGGACGAAGCAACCGGUUGCAAAGGGGAUAAUGAUCCCAUCGAUGUUCUUGAAAUUGGAUACAGGGUUGCAAAAAGGGGCGAAGUUUUGAAGGUAAAAAUUCUUGGUACGGUUGCGCUUAUCGACGAAGGCGAAACUGAUUGGAAAAUUAUCGUUAUCGACGUUAACGAUCCUUUGGCGGACCAGAUGAAUGAUGUAGCUGACAUUGAAAAACAUUAUCCGGGUCUGAUGAAGGCUACGAUCGAAUGGUUUAAAAUUUAUAAAAUACCAGACGGUAAGCCGGAAAAUCAAUUUGCAUUUAACGGGGAGGCAAAGUCGAGGGACUUUGCAUUACAUAUAGUGGAAGAAGUACAUCAACAUUGGCAGAACCUUAUUAAACGAGAAGCCCCUGCGGGAGGGAUUGCAUGUACAAACGUAACUAUCGCAGACAGUCCCUUUAAAAUAAGCACAGACGCUGCUGAAGAAAUAUUAGAUAAAGCUCCGGAGGCAUUAGAGCCUCAAUCGGUGGAUCCAUCCGUCGAUAAGUGGCAUUACGUACAUCUUAAGUGAGAACAAGGGGGAUAUUCUCACAUUGAUACGUCUCUAGAUGUCUGCACAUAGUUGCUUAUUUUGCCGGCACUUAAUGGAAUACUAUGUAUCGUUCCAACAAGUUGCUUCGUCAUAAGUUUUGAUACAUCCCAUAAUUCUAGAUAAUAUUUAAACUUGGCGUGCUUGCAGUACACAGUGGAACAUGACAGCUCAAAUAUAUGUAUAUUUUAUUAUUUAUUUUAAUAUAAUUCUAUGAAAAGAAAUAUCUGUAGCCGUCGGGUCGGAACACAUGUACAAAGUUUAUUCCGUACAAUUUAACAAUUUAUUAAAGCUCCUUGUUGCUGUGCUGUAUCCUUGCUCGUGCACAAGGUUGCGAUAUAGCUUUCCAUCGAUAUAGAAAAGAGUAUUCUACAUAAACGAAACUUCGUCUCUUUCGAAUACUUGUUACAUAACACACGUGUUAUACCUAUAAUAAAUUGGUUUACUACUUGAA